AUGGAUGUCUACUACUUCUACAGCUAUGGCACUGCUGCUUGGCUCGCAACUCAAGCUGCGCCCUUGAUCGCGUCGCCAACGAUGAUCGUCGCUCUGCUUAGCCCUGAAGUGCGCGAGGCAUCAACUCUCGAAGUCUACUUCUCCCGCACCCUAGGCUUCACCCUGCUUACCCUCGGCGCCCUAACCGUGCUUCUCACCGGCUCUGUCCCACUCUCUAGUCGUCUCUCCGAAGGCGCAACAACAUCCAACACAGACCCCAAAGCCCCCUACGCCCUCCCCACGCUCACUAUCACGGCAAUUUUCCACGCCAUUUACGCCUUCUACUGCUACGCGAUGUGGACGGAGACGGGGGUGCUGUCGUUCAGCCUGGGCACGCUGGGCUCGACGUUCCUGGCUGCAAUUGCGUUUUGGUGUAUUUUGUUCGCGAGUAGCAAUGGAAGGAUUAGUCGCAAGACGGGCGCGGAUAAGCGGACGAGUGGGUUUCCGUUCAAGAAUACGGAGGCAGAGAAGAGGAAGGGGAGGUAG